AGCAGAGUGACGGUGUUUGUGCUGGAUGUGAGGAUGGGGCACACUGUGCUCUGUGUGCUGGGGUUAUUCUUGCUGAAUACACUCCUCUCUGGACAGGAUGAUGGUGACUAUUCUACUGAUCCAAUCCUGGAAAGUCCUGCAUUCACUUUGUUUGAAGAAGACUCUGUGAUUCUGCGCUGUAGGAAUCAUGCUUCAAGUAAUGAGAAGAAAGCUACCUUUUUCAAAGACGGAUCACCUGUUAAAAUGGACUCAAACCAUCAUUCACUCCCAGGAGCAGAACUGAUCAUUUAUUCAGUGUCUGUGUCAGAUAGGGGCAAUUACACGUGUAGCUUUGAAGAGGGGGCAGAAUCCAAACCAAAAGAACUGAGAGUGAAAGAACGUAGACGUAAUGUCGAACUGAGAGCAGAAGAGACAAUCAUUCCAGUGGGAGGCCGUGUGACCCUGACCUGCUCUGUGGAGGAUCCUGCUGGCAUGGAAUAUGAAUAUGAAUUCAGACGUACUUCAGACGCUCCUGAAAAACCUUCUGCUCAGACUGAAAAGGAUAAAAAUAAAGUAGACAUACCAGAUGGAGGCAAAUACAUCUGCAGAGGAGGGAGCAGGGAACAAUAUUUCUUCACACCUAUAAGUAACGACGUCACCAUUCAGGAAACUGUUCCCAACAAAGCUGUUGUGACCUUUCAACCCGACUGGCCUCAGAUAUUCAGCGGUGAGAAGAUCACUCUCAGAUGUGAGAUCCAGGGAGGUGGAGACACUGACUGGACUUAUGAAUGGAGAACAACCAGCUCACACAUAGUUCCUACAGGAAAAGAGUAUAUUAGCAGUGCUGAGUACCCCAGUGGUGAAUACCGUUGUAUGGGUAGAAGUGACUAUUUCUUAACUAAGUGGAGUGAAGCCAUCACAGUAUCAGCAUAUAAACCCCGGGCCAAACUGACUGCUGUUAACAGAGACAUUCCAGUAGGGGGCAGUGUGACCCUGACCUGCUCUGUGAACACAGCACCAUCAUCAUCAUCAUCAUCAUCAUCAUCAUCUGGUUGGAAAUACUUCUGGUACAGAGGAGAGAAAACCUCUCUGACCACACAAGAUGGUGUUCUCUACUCAAAUAGACAAAUCAGUGUCUCAGUAGGAGGAGUCUACAGGUGCAGAGGAGGAAGAGGAGAGCCUGAUUACUACACAGACUACAGUGAUUCAAUCACUGUCAACAAAAAUGUUGCAAACAAGGCUGUUGUGUCUCUGCAACCAAACUGGUCUGAAAUAUACGAAGGAGAGAAGCUCACUCUCAGAUGUGAGAUCACAGAUGAAGGAGACUCUGGGUGGGAGUAUGAAUGGAGAACAACCAGCUCAAUAAAACCUUCAAAUCAAAAUGAACACCAUAUUAGAUUUGCUUAUGCAUCCCACAGUGGGACCUACAGCUGUAAGGGCAGAAUGAAAAGUGCACAGCAGUCUUCAACAGAGUGGAGUGAUCCCAUUACAUUGACAGUAUCAAACAAGCCUGUCCUCAGUGUGUCUCCAUCAUGGCUGAGUCCUGGAGCCUCAGUAACUCUGAGCUGCAGUGUUAAAGAUCCAUCUGCAGGAUGGAGGUUCUACUGGUAUAAGGCUGUUCCCAGACUGUCAGACAUCUCCUACAGCUAUGAUCUGCUACCUGGCAGCACCAACGGGACUGAACAGGAUUCCUACAUCGUUGAUGGACAGACACACACAGCAGGAUAUGUGUGCGGAGCUGCAAGAGGAGAUCCAGUGAUUUACACUCAUUACAGUGAACUGAAGUUUGUCUGGUCUGGAGAAUUUGAUUUGUCAGCAUCUCUCACAGUGAGUCCUGACAGAGUGCAACACUUCACCUCUGACUCUGUGUCACUGAGCUGUGAGGGGAACUCUACUGAGUGGAGAGUGAAGAGUCUUCCUGAGAACAGCUACUGGCCAUACUGCUCCAGCUGGAGGACAAUGACCAGAUCUACAUGCACCAUACAGCGUUACAGACUCAGUGCUGCGGUGUUCUGGUGCGAGUUUGGAUCAGGAGAGUUCAGCAAUGCAGUCAACAUCACUAUACAGAAUGAAGAUAUUAUCCUGGUGAGCCCCGUCCGUCCUGUGACUGAGGGAGAUUUUGUUACUCUUAGCUGCAAAUCGAGACGACAACAACAUUCAGGGAAAUCCUUGAAUGUUUUUUUCUAUCGAAAUGGUGAAGUCAUUCAAAAUGACACCAGAAGGGAGCUAAAUAUCUCUGCAGUGUUGAAGUCAGAUGAAGGCCUCUACAAGUGUCAACACUCAGGAACAGAGUCCACACAGAGCUGGAUGUCAGUUAAAGCAGUGUCCAGGCCUGAAAGCUCUUCAUUUCCUGUGCUGAUGAUUAUUGGGCUGGUUUGUGGAAUCAUACUUGUUAUUCUUCUGCUUCUUUUGUGUCGCUUCAGACUGUCCAAAGAUUCAUGCUUUAACAGGCCGAUCCAGACCGAGAGCACCAAUCGGGGCUCUGCCACUAGUGACAUGGUCAACCAGAACGAGGAUCAACUUAAUCAAUAUUCCACUCUUCUCCAUGGUGCAGCUGAAUCCCAGGAUGCCACGUAUUCUUUACCUGCAUUGAAAAACAUUGGAAAGAAGGAUGCAGCUGAAUCCCAGGAUGUCACGUAUUCUUUGCUUGAAUUAAAAAACAUUGGAAAGAAGAGGAAGCAACAUAACCCAGAGGAGAGCUGUGUGUACUCUGAUGUGAAUAUAGGAACUCCAGAUGACAGUCUGAUGUACGCCCAAGUCGACUGCCACAAUAAAGCUAAAGUCAAGAAGAAGAAAGGUCUGUAAGGAGAGGUGUAUCGACAAACAGUUGACAGCUUCUUUUAUAAAAUGAUUGUGUGCACCCCUACUAUCCAAAUAUCAGAUAUGCUCGUGUACAGUUAUCUUGAUGGUAGAUCAUAUGAAAGAAUUCCAUAAUGUAGAUUUCAUAUCUCUCAGCACAUGACUACUGAGGCAUAUUUUCAUUUUAUUUUUACAGUCAUUUUGUAAUUAGCUUUUUAAGGUUUCUGUAGGAAAGCUAUUCCAAAAAACAGCUCCAAUAGAAAAGAUUGAUUCAGUAUAUUUGAGCUUUAGUAACCAGCUGCUUUAAAGUUAGCAUCUUUUCAGUGUUAAGAAAGAUCCAGGAUGGUCAUCAACCAUUACUUUAAUAGAUGUAAUAACCUGCUGUUACUUGUAUAUAUUUCCUCUGUCUAAAUAAUGUAUUGAUAGUUACGCCAUGUAUUUUACUUUACUCAAAAAGAGUGGUUUUAAAGUCCUUUUUUUUGCAUUUGUAUGCAUCAAUAAACUUAGUGUAAAACAUGUGUAAAACUUCUGUGUUGGAGUGGUACUUCUCUCUCUACAGUGGAACUGCAUUUCAACAUAUUCCCCACUGAGUGAGAAAGCCUAUGAAUUACUUAAUGAUUUACAGCUUUCUCUUUACACCAAGCAGA